CUCUACGUCGUAUUAGUGUGUAGGCCAGAAAAAGAGCGGACAUUAAAAAGGGUAACUGAUUACAGCCGGGUCAAAAGCCGGAAAACCCGAAACCUUCAAAGCCUCCGCAUUUUUCCAGUCACUACAGAAACGGUGUGGAAUGAACUGCUUGUCGCAGGUCUCAUCCUACACGGCGGCGAUUUUCAGAACGACAGGUCGUUCAUUCGGGACCGGUGCUCUGUACGGACCCUGGAAGCGAAAAUUGGACGUCUACGCUGGGGUGAAGCUAAUCAGCUUUGAAUCGGCGGUUUUCAGAUUCCGGACUCAGCUCUACUCGUCUCAGAGCCGCGGAAGAAGAAGUCAGCACCCGAACGAGUUAUGGACCCGGAAAAGGACGCAUUCUAUGUAGUCCGCAAAGGAAAUGUCGUCGGUGUCUAUAAGAGCUGAGCAAGGCUCUUCGAUAUGUGAUCCUCCUAUUAGUGUGUACUCUAUGCCUAAGAAGGAUGAGCAAUAUCUUGCUUCCUGUGGACUUCAGAAUGCGCUUUACACUAUUUCAGCUGCAGAUAUGAAAGAUGAGCUUGCUUUUUGGCAAGCUUGUGGACUGUCCUCUUGGAGAUCCAGCUAGCAUCUUCAAAAGGCGAAACGUCUGACAAGACUGCAGCAGCCAAGAAGAGAUCCCACCAAGAGGCUGAAUCAGAAAAUGUGGUGAGUUUGGAAUCAUAACAGCUGCUGAACUUGAAUGCUGUCGUUGAAGAAAGAAGUAAUUGGUUCAACUUCUGUAUCAGAUACUCCUUCCAGAAAGCAGGCCAAGAAAAAGGCUGAAGUUGAAGUUCCCCCUUCUGGCCGUGGCUGUACUCUUCAAUUUGAUGGUGCAUCAAAAGGAAAUCCUGGAGUAGCUGGUGCUGGAGCUGUACUGCGAGCAGAUGAUGGAACCUUGAUCUGUAAACUACGUGAAGGUCUGGGUGUUGCAACCAGUAAUGCUGCUGAGUACCGAGCUGUUAUGUUAGGGUUAAAAUAUGCGCUUAAAAAAGGUUUUUCCAGGAUUUUUGUUCAAGGUGACUCCAAACUCGUCUGUAUGCAGGUUCAGGGUUUAUGGCAGGUGAAAAACCAGAACUUGUCUACUUUGUAUGAAGAGGUGAAGAAACUGAAGGAUGGAUUUGUCUCCUUCAAGAUCAGUCAUGUUCUUAGGGAGCUAAAUUCUGAGGCAGAUGCUCAAGCAAACUUGGCAAUCACUCUUGCCGAUGGUCAAGUCCAGGAAGAGUCUGGGAAGUAGUUAAAAUGAUUGUCUGUUGCUGGUCAUGUUCUGGGUUCGUAAAUAUGAUAUCAUGAAACCCUGAUGAGUAGAGGAUUCUUUGGCUUCCCUCGUAUUAAUCUGAGAAUGUGGCUUGGUACUUGCUACAAUGUGAGUUAUGUGACCUCCGGCAUAGAAUUAAACAUCACAAGGCAUGAUUCAACUGCAAAACUGAAGCUUAUGUGGAUGUAGAGCCAGGUACACCAGGAUCAAAUAACUCGUUACACAAGUGACAUUCAGAUUGACAAGCUACUAGCCUUUGAAAAAAGAAAGACGUAGAAUUUUUGUUUAUAGAGGGAACGAUCGGAGCAGAAUAUGAAAACUCUUACUAGCAUUAUUCAUAGUUCUUUCACU